UUUCUCAAGAUAUUUGCUGUGAGAGAUGGUUCUUUGUUUUGGUUCUAGCAGGUGAAAGAUCAUCAGCAAAUGGGUUCUCUAAUGGCAGGAUGGGAUUCUCCUGUAUCAGAUCCUGCAGCAGUAAUACGGAACAGAAAUCGAUCACUUACCAAGGAAGAGAUUGAAGCGUACUGGAGAUCAAAGAAGAAAACGGAGGAAGAGCAUCUUAAGGCUAUUUGCAGUCCAUCAGAUAGCUGCAGCAAGCUGGACACUCCAUUUGCGGAGUAUGGAAGGCAGUAUAUGAGAUCAAGCUCCAUGCCUUUGCCCAAUACAAAGCAGGGUUUCCUGGAAAUGAACGAAGAAACAAGCCUGGAGAACAUCACAAAGAAAAAUGGCUGGUGGACAAGAAGCAAUUGGGCAUUCUUGAAUGAACCUCCUGUUGCUGACCGCCUUACCAACAGUUACAAACCGCAGUUCCACAUUGCCAACCUUGGUGCUUCGAAGCUUAACACAGAUACUGGAAUCAGUACUUAAAUCUUUUGCUCCUAAUGCUACUUCUACAAAGUAGCAAGAACGUUACGUACUCUGAUGUGUGCUGGCUGAAGUCUGUACCAAGUAGUACUAAAUUACUGAUAGUAGUGGGGGAUGAAUCUGUUGUCAGCAUUUGUCACUGGGGUUCUUUUGGCAACUUAAAAUUUCCUAAGCUCUGUACUGUAUAGAGAUUUGUAUGACAAGAUUUUUCUAUACUGAUGACUUCUUUCUAAAACAAGAAUAAUUGUGCUAAAUAUUGCAUGAUUUGACUGUUUUCACUGCAAAUUAUGUGCAGUGGUUUGUGCAUCAGAGAUCAGUAGAUAAAAAUUAAAUUCUAAGAGGUUUAAUAAAAACUGUCAAGGGCAAUCAUUAUCAGCCUUGUGUAAA